GCCAGGCGCAGGCUGUGGCCCCGACAGCCUUGAACCUGCUCGGGCCGCGAGAGGAGGUCUAAGGGGCCGGGCCGGGUCUCCACCCCUGGCGCCCCAAAUGGAGGUGCCCGGCCCGGUGUCCCGGCGCGCGGCGGCGGCGGCGGCCACCAUGCUCCUGCGCACGGCGCGCGUGCCCCGCGAGUGCUGGUUCCUGCCCACGGCGCUGCUCUGCGCCUACGGGUUUUUUGCCAGCCUGAGGCCCUCCGAGCCCUUCCUUACCCCCUACCUGCUGGGCCCCGACAAGGGCCUCACGACGCGGGAGGUCUUCAACGAGAUCUACCCUGUGUGGACGUACUCGUACCUGGCACUGCUCUUCCCCGUCUUCCUGGCCACCGACUACCUCCGCUACAAGCCCGUGGUGCUGCUGCAAGGCCUCAGCCUCAUCAUCACCUGGUUCCUGCUGCUCUACGCCCAGGGCCUGCUGGCCGUGCAGUUCCUAGAGUUCUUCUAUGGCAUGGCCACGGCCACCGAGGUCGCCUACUACUCCUACAUCUACAGCGUGGUGGACCUGAGCCGCUACCAGAAGGUCACCAGCUACUGCCGCAGCGCCACACUUGUGGGCUUCACUGUGGGCUCUGUGCUGGGGCAGCUGCUGCUCUCCGUGGCUGGCUGGUCGCUCUUCAGCCUCAAUGUCAUCUCGCUUACUUGUGUCUCUGUGGCCUUUGCCGUGGCCUGGUUCCUGCCCAUGCCACAGAAGAGCCUCUUCUUCCAUCACAGUCUUUCCACCUGCCAGGACCUGAAUGGUAUCAAGGUUCAGAAUGGGGGUCUGGUUCCCGACCCCUCAGCCAGCCACCAUCUUCCUGGCUGGGAGGACAUUGAGUCCAAGAUUCCCCUGAGCCUGGAAGAGGCACCACUGGGCGAGCCGGAAGCCAGGACCGAGCGGCUUUUGGUGCUGAAGGUUCUGUGGAACGACUUUCUCAUCUGCUACUCCUCACGCCCACUGCUCUGCUGGUCCGUGUGGUGGGCCCUGUCUACUUGUGGCUAUUUCCAAGUGGUCAACUACAUACAGGGCCUGUGGGAACAGGUCAUGUCAUCCCGCCAGGCACCGAUCUACAAUGGGGGUGUGGAGGCCGUGUCCACCAUGCUGGGGGCAGUCGCUGUUUUCACCGUUGGUUAUAUAAAGAUUUCCUGGUCUACAUGGGGCGAGGUGGCGCUGGCCCUAUUCUCCCUGCUCAUCGCGGCUGCUGUGUACAUCAUGGACAUGACAAGCAGCAUCUGGGUGUGCUAUGCCUCCUACGUGGUCUUUCGGGUCAUCUACAUGCUGCUCAUCACCAUUGCAACCUUUCAGAUCGCAGCCAACCUGAGCAUGGAGCGUUAUGCCCUGGUAUUUGGUGUCAAUACUUUCAUUGCCCUGGCGUUGCAGACUCUCCUGACUCUCAUUGUGGUCGAUGCUAGUGGCCUGGGCUUAGAGAUCACCACGCAGUUCCUCAUCUACGCUGGUUAUUUUGCACUCAUUGCCUUGGUCUUCCUGGGUAGUGGCGCCAUCAGCAUCGUGAAGAAAUACCGGAAGCAAGAGGACCCCAAAUCCAAUUCUCCCAUAGCUCCCUCCUAAGUGAUGCUGCUUCUCCUUGCAACAGCCUCUGCACAGCACCUGUGCACAGAUACAUUGCACUUUUGGGUUGUUGUUUUUUUUUUAAGAGCUCGACAUUUAUUUUGUGGAUGUGUUUAAUGGCUUCUAUAGAGCUUGCUGUGACUCUCAGCAUCAGGCUGUCCAGAGGCACAAGCCUAAUUGAUCCUGUGGAGUUAUGUAUCAGUGCUAAUUUG